ACUCAAUACACAUUCUUACUCCCUCGCAUCUUGAUAAAUGCCAGAUUCAUCCUCCAUGUCUCAGUUCCUCUCUCACCGUCUUUACUACUACCACUAUUACUCUCAUAUUAUUACGCUGUCUGAUCUGCGCCUGGCCUCGCCCGCCUGUUCCCCCACCAAAGUGACGUACACUGUGCAUCUCCCGCGCGUGAUCACCGCCCGCUUUUCAAGCUUCUGCAACUAAAGACGCCUGCUCACCGCGCUAUACUCAAUUCCUUUACUCAAGCAGCGCCAACAACAGAUACCGCUGCCCAGCAGUCUCGAGCCGCUCCGCUUAUACAUAUAGCUGCCCGCGAGUCGAAGGCGGCUACGAGCCUCGCCACCGACUUGCUCUCGCUCGUCCGAUUCCACGUCGGUCCUUGCGUGUCGCGCAUGGCUCCGAGAAACAGAUGUCGUUCCUGCAGAUCCCUGUGUCAAGAUUACACCCGGGGCAUCAAGGCCAUGAGAAGGUGAUUGAUGGGCAAACGCGCGUGGUGAGAAAGAGUCAGAGUCAUGGAGGGCUACUCAACCCGUUGUUACGACUGGCUCAGAAUCCAAGGAGCGCAGUUCAAGAAUUAUGGACUGCUGCCGAGGUCUGCGCUGAAAGCACGGAUGAGCAGACCGCAUUGAGUAUAGACGACGAGAAUCGGAAGCAAUUGCUGCAUGUAAAGUUGAAAGAGGCAAAGACCUACAGCGAAUGGCGCUCCGCUGCUUCGGAACUGGAUAAGCUAGAGGGCAACAAUGCGUGGAAAGAGGAAGAGGUGACUCGCGAAUACAACUACGCACUUGUUAAGAGCCGCCUCCAGCAACUGGAUGAAGCGAGGACGAACUGCGACACCAGGCGUAUGCUGUUCCUGAUACGUACAUCUUUGACUCGUGGACUUGGUGGUAUGGGGAGCUUGCAGCUGUAUAAGCACUCACAUAUCGGAACAAAGACUUUGAUCGAACGCUACAUCGAAUCAACCCUGAACACUCUGACGGCUUUGUUGGAGAUUGCUGCCGCGAAAGGCGACGACGAGGUUGAUCCGAGGCAUCUCCUCGACCAGAUUCUACAGGCCAGACAGUCGUUUGGCCGCAGCGCACUUCUGCUCUCUGGUGGCGGUACUUUUGGAAUGAAUCAUGUUGGCGUGGUCAAGACGUUGUGGGAAGCAAAACUACUACCAAGAAUCAUAUCCGGGGCAUCUGCUGGCAGCAUUGUGGCGGCUAUUCUAUGCUCAAGAACCGAUGAAGAACUCCCAAGCGUUAUUGACGAGUUCUGCUAUGGCGAAAUGGACGUUUUCGAGAGAGAGGGCGAAGAGGACGGCAUCUUCCGGAAACUAUCUAGAUUCUUGAAGCAUGGCUCCCUUUUCGACAUUGGUAAUCUCAUCAGGGUGAUGAAGAACCUCCUGGGAGACCUGACGUUCCAAGAAGCAUACAACAGGACGAGAAGGAUUCUCAACAUUCCGGUAUCGACGGCUAGUGUGUACGAGCUACCACGGCUCCUCAACUACAUUACAGCGCCUAACGUCAUAAUAUGGUCCGCCGUCGCCGCGUCAUGCUCCGUACCCCUCGUCUUCUCCGCCGCAUCCCUCCUCUCGAAAGACCCCAGGACAGGCCUUGAGGUUCCAUGGAACCCUUCGCCAGGCCGCUGGAUCGACGGCUCCGUCGACAAUGACCUCCCCAUGACUCGCCUCGCCGAAAUGUUCAACGUCAACCACUUUAUUGUGUCCCAAGUAAAUCCGCAUGUCGUUCCCUUUGUCAACAAUGAAGCAUCCUCCUCCAUCGCCGCCGCAAUCACCACUGGGCCGUCCUGGCUUAAUAGCAUGGCUAAUCUGGCCAAAGACGAAGCCUUGCACCGCAUGCACGUCCUUACCGAGAUGGGCGUCUUUCCAAACUACUUUACAAAGAUCCGAUCCGUGCUAAGCCAGCGCUAUGCCGGCGACAUUACCAUAUUCCCCGAGAUCGACUUUGCGCAGGUCCCACAGGUGCUUGCGAACCCAACGACGGAGUUCAUGCUCGCUGCUCUCCUCGGAGGGGAGAAGGCGACGUGGCCGAAGUUGGCUCGUGUCCAGAAUCAUUGCGCGAUUGAACUCGCGCUGGAUGCAGCAGUGCGCAGUCUGCGUGCUCGGGUCGCGUUCAGUCCUAGUCAGGUUGAUCUGAGACAGAGUCUGCAUGGAUACAUGCGACCGGCGCUGCAGAGUUCUAGUAGCCAUAUACACAAACGCGAGAUCAAGAGGCGUAUGUUGCCGGUCAUCGUAACGCCUGCUGGGCCUGACGCGUUAGCACCUUUGACGACGCUGUCCACAGCCAAAGUCCCCCAUCUCGCCGAGCCGGCAGCACCUGGACUGCGAAGAAACCGCGCCAACCAAUCAAUCCGACGACUCUCGCCGUCUCGCAGGAGCUUCCAUCUGCAGCCAAGUAGCCCGGAGGAUGGACUCGUUUCCUCAUCACACGAUGACGACGACGAUACCGGACCCUCGCCAUUCGACGACUACGACGAUUACGACGACGACGAGAUGCCCGACUCCGAAUCCUCGUCGACAGAAUCGCCUCCCGCCUCUCCUCUCCACCACCACCACAACGACACACAUCUCUGGCCACCACCACCACCAUCAUCGUCAUCGAGUCGCAGCCGCCACCUCUUCCCCUCUGCCAGCCAGCCCACAACCCCGCUGCUCCCACCGUCGCGCUCGUCAUUUGGCCUCGGAAGUCCGCUCGCCAUGACAAAAGCCAGUUCCACACAUCUACAUUCUCAUCAGAAUCAGAACCAGCUCCACACACCGAUAACACCCCCACCGUGCGCAAGCCCAUCGGCAGCCGAGCUGCGGUACAAACGCCUGUUCCACGACACCCCGGACCCAAGCCAUGCAGACGUAAUAGACAAUGGUGACGCAGACACGAACGUCGAAGCAGCAGCCAUCCUGGCAGACGCCAAGAAACCACCGAAAAGUAAAUCCGCAGCUGCCUCCUCCUCUCGACCAGGUAGCAGACCAGGUAGCAGACCGCAUAGUCGGCGGGGCAGUGUAUCGCAGCAGUCUGGGGGGCCGCAACAGCAGCAGCAGCAGCACAUUGGGAACAUGAAGAUGAUGCAGUUGGACAUUUCGGGCACGCGGGGCAUGAUGUUGCGGCGGAGACGGAGUGGGCUUUUUGGGUCCGGGUUGGGUUCUGGAUUGGGGUUGGGGUUGGGUAUAAAGGAGAAUGGAAAGGAUGGAUAGAUGAUCCAAGUCGUGGACUGGAGUGGUGGUCUAUGGACUUGGAUGGUAUGAUGAAGGUGAAGAUGAUGAAGAAGAUGACGAUGAUGAUGGUUGUUGGCAUGAUUGAUACCCCCCCGUUCGUUUUUGUUACAAGUCAGGCAUGCGACGCACUUUUCGGUGCAUUUCAUUUUGUCAAAAGGUAGACAUUACUCGGCCACGAGCAUGCAUUUGUUUUUUUAAGCGCAUCGAGGUAGUGGUUAGUCUGAGAUUACAUCAUCAUUAGAAGAUAUAGGGAAGGAGCAUCCAUGCAUAUAGAUGAGACGGCACCAUCAACCACAGGCACUUUUAGCAGCAGCA